UUCUGUGCAAGAAUCAAAACAAAAAUACUCGUCAACCGGCAUUUCUUUGAAAAUUUUCAGCAAUUUUUCCAGUAAUUAAGUACAAAUCAUGGUGAAAAUUGGUCUCCAGAUCAAGGCCACCCUCGAAAACAUUGAGGAGCUGAAAACGUGCCAUCCGAAUUACGCGUUCUUCCUGAAAAUUAAGUGUACCAACUGCGGCGAAGAGUCGGACAAGUGGCACGACAUCACCGAAGGUGAACACGUCAAUGAGGACACCCGCAAUCCCAAGGGAUUCAACUUCUACAUGAAGUGCCGGAUGUGCUCCCGCGAGAACAGCAUCGACAUCGUCGAGGGAACCAAUGCAUCCUACACGGCGGACGAUUCCGGUAAGCUGAAAACGAUCGUUGCCUUCGACUGUCGUGGCGUGGAACCGGUUGCGUUCAGUCCGCGGGCGGGCUGGAUUGCCAAGGCGACCGAGGGCGGACCAAAGUUCGAGGACAUCGAUCUGUCCGAGGACGAUUGGGUCGAGUACGAUCAGAAGAAUAACAACUCCGUGGGGGUGUACGAGUUUGAGUCGGAUUUCGUCAAAUUGAAAAAGUAGACUGAAUAUUAUUUGAGGGUUUCAGUAUAGAGAUAAGAUACCCAAAUGCAUUUGUUCGACUUUGAAAUGUAGCUAAGGCAAUAAACUAUCGUUUGAAUUUA